CCGCGCCGUGCCGUGCCGUGCCGCGCCGCGCCGCGCCGUGCAGUGCCGCGGAGGAGAAGCGGAGUGGCGCCGGCGAUCCUACCUCCGCGGCUGCGGGCGGGUGCGCGGGUGGGCGCGUAGCUCUGAUGCCAGGCGGGCGCAGCCCGGCCCCCGCCUGGGAGCAUCCCGCCAGCACUUCGGCGCGGAGGCGCAGUCGGCCUUUAGGAUUAAAAUACUCAGCGCGCCGAGCGGCCCGGGGAGAGGGGCAGCAGGUACCUAUUAUGCCAUAACUUUGGAGGUGAUUCAGCAGUGGUGACUUCUUCCAAUCAGCCAGAAAUUAUUCUCUCUGGACUCUCAGUUGACACCGUGCCCGAGGCUAGAGCUACUGAGACAACUGGAAUUGUGCCUGCUCUCGUCAAGGUUUUUUUUGUUUGUUGUGUUGGUUUUUUUUUUACACAGGAGGGGAAAAAAACUACCAAGCAAACCCAAAAUACACACACAAAAAAAAGAUGAAGUUGGGCAGAGUGGAGUUCUGCCGUUUUCUGCAGAUAUUAGCUCUUUGCCUCUGUCUUUCUGGGAUGAAUCAAGCAGAGCCCUCGAGGUCCAAGUCAAAGCCCUACUUCCAAUCAGGGAGGACGAGAACCAAGCGCAGCUGGGUGUGGAAUCAAUUCUUUGUGCUGGAAGAAUACAUGGGUACAGACCCACUCUAUGUAGGAAAGCUCCACUCCGAUGUUGAUAAAGGAGAUGGUUCCAUCAAAUACAUCUUGUCAGGCGAAGGGGCAAGUUCCAUUUUCAUUAUUGAUGAGAACACGGGGGAUAUUCAUGCUACAAAGAGGCUGGAUCGAGAGGAGCAAGCCUACUACACGCUCCGAGCGCAAGCGCUAGAUAGGCUGACUAACAAACCCGUGGAGCCAGAGUCUGAGUUCGUCAUUAAGAUUCAGGACAUCAAUGACAAUGAGCCAAAAUUUCUGGAUGGGCCUUACACUGCUGGAGUUCCUGAGAUGUCUCCUGUGGGUACCUCCGUGGUUCAAGUGACAGCCACUGAUGCGGAUGAUCCUACGUACGGCAACAGCGCUCGAGUGGUUUACAGCAUACUGCAAGGGCAGCCUUACUUUUCUGUGGAGCCCAAAACAGGUGUUAUCAAGACAGCCCUUCCAAAUAUGGAUAGAGAAGCCAAGGACCAAUACCUGCUGGUUAUUCAAGCCAAGGACAUGGUUGGGCAGAAUGGGGGCUUAUCAGGGACUACAUCUGUGACUGUCACGCUGACCGACGUCAACGACAACCCACCCCGCUUUCCACGCAGGUCCUAUCAGUAUAACGUGCCAGAGUCUUUGCCAGUGGCUUCUGUGGUGGCCAGAAUAAAAGCAGCAGAUGCAGAUGUGGGGCCUAACGCUGAAAUGGAAUAUAAGAUUGUGGAUGGUGAUGGUCUGGGAGUGUUCAAAAUUUCUGUUGACAAAGACACCCAGGAGGGAAUCAUAACAAUUCAGAAGGAGCUGGACUUUGAAGCUAAGACAAGCUACACCCUGAGGAUAGAAGCAGCCAAUAUGCACGUUGACCCUCGCUUCCUAAGCCUGGGACCCUUCAGUGAUAUGACAACAGUGAAGAUAAUUGUGGAAGAUGUGGAUGAGCCUCCAGUGUUUACUUCGCGAUUGUACUCCAUGGUGGUGUCUGAGGCAGCAAAGGUUGGCACCAUCAUUGGAACUGUAGCAGCCCAUGAUCCAGAUGCUUCCAAUAGUCCUGUCAGGUACUCAAUAGAUCGAAACACAGACCUGGAGAGGUACUUCAACAUUGAUGCCAACAGUGGAGUCAUCACAACUGCCAAAUCUUUGGACAGGGAAACCAAUGCUGUGCACAAUAUCACCGUUUUGGCUAUGGAGAGUCAGAAUCCAGCACAGAUUGGGAGAGGCUAUGUGGCCAUCACCAUCCUUGACAUCAAUGACAAUCCCCCUGAGUUUGCCAUGGAGUAUGAAACAACUGUCUGUGAAAAUGCUCAACCUGGUCAGGUUAUCCAGAAAAUCAGUGCAAUUGAUAAAGAUGACCCACCAAAUGGCCACCAGUUCUACUUCAGCCUAACAGCAGAGGCAGCAAAUAACCACAAUUUUACACUGCAGGACAACAAAGAUAACACUGCCACAGUACUAACCAGAAGAAAUGGGUUCAGGAGGCAGGAGCAGUCUGUUUUCUACUUGCCAAUAUUCAUUGUGGACAGUGGAUCACCUUCUCUUAGUAGCACUAAUACCCUCACCAUCAGGGUCUGUGACUGUGAUGCAGAUGGUGUGGCUCAGACAUGCAAUGCAGAAGCAUACAUCUUGCCUGCAGGACUUAGCACUGGAGCACUGAUAGCAAUACUGGCUUGUGUCUUGACACUGCUGGUUCUCGUCUUGCUGAUCGUCACCAUGAGGCGCCGGAAAAAAGAGCCUCUCAUCUUUGACGAGGAGCGAGACAUCCGCGAGAACAUCGUCAGGUACGACGACGAGGGCGGCGGCGAAGAGGACACCGAGGCCUUUGACAUGGCCGCCUUGAGAAACCUCAACAUCAUCCGAGAUACCAAGAGCAGGCGGGAUGUGACGCCCGAGAUUCAGUUCUUGAGCAGACCCACUUUUAAGAGCAUCCCGGAUAACGUCAUCUUCAGGGAGUUCAUCUGGGAAAGACUCAAGGAAGCGGACGUGGACCCCUGCGCGCCGCCCUACGACUCCCUGCAGACCUACGCCUUCGAGGGCAACGGCUCGGUGGCCGAGUCCCUCAGCUCCUUAGAUUCCAUCAGCUCAAACUCUGACCAGAACUAUGAUUACCUCAGUGACUGGGGCCCUCGCUUCAAGAGGCUCGCAGACAUGUACGGCACCGGACCAGACUGCUUAUACUCAUAGCCUUGAAGCCUUGCACUGACAAUGCACUGCAGAGUACUACAAUAGCAAACUUCAACCUUACAAACUGAAGGAAGUUGUAAAUAUUUCUCCAUUUUUAACCUUUUAGGUUUGGUUGGGGGUUGGUUGGUUUUGGUUUUUUUGGGUUAUUUUUUUUUUCUCUCUCUUUUUUGCCUUGGUGGAACAUAACCUUCAUGGGGACUUGUCCUAAGGACUGCACUGACCACACAGAACACGAGCAUUUGGUGGCACUUUUGAUAAACUAAAAUGCUCAGCCAUGUUCAAAUAGAUAGCAACCUUCAGAUGCCUGCAGGGGGGACUCAAGGGGACGGUGUGCACUGUGAGCUCAGUGAGCCAAUGAUGCUCUGUGGAUGCCUUCACAGUAUUUGCUGUAUCUAGAACACAGAGUCUCUGGUAUGAGCUAAGUGUAAGAAGAAACAAAUUCACAAACAGAAUGUGCCAUUCAAUGCAACAUUAGACUCAUAGAAUCAAGCAGGUUGGAAGAGACCUCCAAGAUCAGCCUGUCCAACCUAUCCCCCAGCCCUAUCCAAUCAACCAGACCAUGGCACUGAGUGCCUCAUCCAGGCUUUUCCUGAACACCUCCAGGGACGGUGACUCCACCACCUCCCUGGGCAGCCCAUUCCAAUUAGGAUAUAGAACAUUUAGAGGACGAAAGGUUUGGGGGUUUUAGCAGAUUAUCUGUUGCAUGCAUCUUGUUAGACCAGGAGAGGAAGGACAGACACGAAAACAAAAACCCAGCAGAUCGUUUUGUUUGCUUCUUCCUGUUUGUCCUCAGAGCUGUUUAACCUCUGUCAUUUUCUGGGUAGCUUUAUGAAAUGCUACUGCUUGUACUCAAGAAUUCCACAGUGUUUGUCAUCAGCUUUACUGAAGCAGUUUCCAAACCACACAAAAUGUGAACUAUGGAGGGGUGUUCUCCUGGUUGGGAAGUGCUGUGAUGCCCUCGUAGGUAUAGAAAAGAUGUUGCUAUCUAUUUGCUGUUUUUUAGUAUCUCUUCUGAUUUGUACAGGAGAAUUUAUCCUUUUUUAUUAUGAUUUGACAUAAAGCGUUGUAUUUAUUUUGGAGCUCCAAUCUCCACGAAAUUCAGGUCCAUUUUUACUGCCUCAUGGUAUUAGACUUGUCAGAACAUGCUGCUUUUUUUUUCCCUCCAGUCUCAGAUAAACGUAGGCAACGAAGCAUGGAUCUGGAGAAGUGACAGCAAAGCAAUCUCGCCCCCACCCCUCAUCUCUCUCAGAAAGGAGAGCAGCUCCGAGCUCAGGAGGUUGUUCUUCUGAACCAUUAACCGAGUCUGAGACAUUUAAAUAAAGUAUUUGUACCCUGAAUUUUUGGAAAGAAGACUACAGAGUUAGCUGAGAGUGUCUUUAAUGCAAUGUUAAACAUGCUGUAUGCUUCAAAGACUGUAAACACCUUCCUUUCCUCCCUCCCCUUCUCUUUUGCUGCUGCCGAAUCACAGUAAAAAGACUUCUGUUUCACUUCCUUUCUCAUGUUAAGCUACUAACUCCAGAAAUCAUCUUUAGAUCCCGCUGCCCAUGAGUAGUUUUGGUUCCCCCACGAAGGUGUUAACUCACUACACUGGUUCAGGAGUGCCAAAACAGGAGGACAACUGCUGUUGGGUGAAAUGCUGUACGGUUUUCAAGUAGGGUUUCUUAGAAUAAGCCAAUUUUUUAAUGAUUCUGACAAUAUUUAUACUUCAUCUUUCAUGGUUUAUUACUAGCUAAUAAGGCAUAUAUUCAAGUAAAAUAGUGUUUCCAAGUA